AUGUCAGAUCCCAAGAAGUAUACAGUCGGCUGGAUCUGCGCUAUCCGCACAGAGCUCGUCGCCGCCCAAGCGUUUCUCGAUGAAACGCACGAACAGCCGAAGGAACAAGGCCCAAACGACUCCAACCACUAUGUUUUGGGCCGUAUGGCCCAUCACAAUGUUGUGAUAGCCUGUCUUCCGGGUGGAGAAUACGGCACGGCAUCAGCAGCUGGCGUCGCGAUCAAUCUCUUACGAAGCUUCCCAACCAUCCGCAUUGGCUUGAUGGUCGGGAUUGGCGGAGGUGCACCAACUAAGAAGCAUGAUAUACGGCUCGGUGAUGUUGUCAUCAGUAUGCCCAGUAACGGCAGAGGAGGGGUAUUCCAGUAUGACUUCGGUAAGACGAUACAGGGCCAGGCCUUCGUCGAAACCGGGUUCUUAAAUCAACCUCCAGAUCUGCUCCGAACGGCAGUGGAAGCGGUCGCGGCGAAGUACGAACUGGAUGGACACAAGCUCGUCGAAAGCGUGAACAAGUCCCUCGAUAGGAAGAAGAGGCUGCGGAAGAAAUAUUCUUGUCCCACUAGCAGUGAUGUCCUGUAUAAGUCAGACUUCACACAUUGUGGGGACGAGCUGGAAGGCUGUGAAACCUGCGGUAGUGAUCCAUCCGUUGCUGUAACGCGACCGGAACGUGGAGAGGAUGAAGACAACCCCGCAAUUCACCAUGGCUUGAUUGCUUCUGCAAAUCAGCUGAUGAAAGACGCACUGGUGAGGGAUAAGCUGGCGACAGAAAAAGGGGUCCUUUGUUUUGAGAUGGAGGCUGCAGGCCUAAUGAAUCGCUUCCCGUGCAUUGUAAUCCGCGGGAUAUGUGACUAUUCUGAUACUCACAAGAACAAGGAAUGGCAAGGGUUCGCUGCCAUGAUGGCCGCCGCAUAUGCAAAGGACCUGCUUCAUCAGAUGCCAGCCUCGAAAGUAGAGUGUGAGAAGUCGAUCCACGACAUGCUAUCUUCUAUAGAUGGGGGGAUCAAUUCCUUGUGCUUAACUACAGAGAUGGUUAAGUCAGGAGUGGAUUCGGCAAAUGAGCAGGAAAUUCGAAAUUGGUUCUCUACCACCCCGAUAUCGACUACCUACAACAAAUCAAUUCAGGACCGUACGCCUGGGACUGGGCAGUGGCUGCUUAGUUCCCAGUCAUACAAGGCUUGGAAGGGUAAUGUGUCUGGUCUAUUGUGGCUGUAUGGGGCCGCUGGAUCAGGGAAGACAAUGCUAUGCUCCACGGUCGUUCAAGACGUGUCAGAUCAUGUUCAACAUGACACGGGUAGGAAGCAAGCAUUUUGGUACUUUCGAUUCAGUGACAUUGCAACGCAAAAUGUUUCCAGUAUGGUGAGAUCGUUCAUUCGUCAAUUAUCCCCGUCCCCUCCUCUCGCUUCUACUCAAAAGCUUUGGAAAGAACACAGUGAACGAGGAAGCGAACCGACCCUCAAUGAGCUCACGGCUAUUCUUGGCGACAUUAUAAAUGACAGCAAAGAGGUGUUUGUUAUUAUAGAUGCUCUGGAUGAAUGUCAGCAGACAUCACAACUUCAGGAGAGAACAAGUUUGCUGAGGUACAUCAAUACAUGCUUGAACAGACAUAAGGAUAACCUUCACAUCCUGGUCACGAGUAGAGUUGAUCACGAUAUCAAGUCUGCUCUGGAGCACUACAAGGCAAUCAAGAUCGAGGAAUGGAUAGACGGUGAUGUGAGGAUGUACAUCGAGAAGCAGAUCCAUUCGGGUUGCCUUGCAGAAUACCAAGACAGCGUUAAAAAUAAGAUCAAGGAAUCUCUUCUAUCGACCAAAGAACGCCGAUUCCGAUGGGUCGAUUUGCAGAUCAGAAGGCUGAGUGACUGCAAUACCGAGGACCAGAUAGCCACCGCGCUGAGAACUGUUCCAGAGACCUUAGAGGAUAUCUACAAGGAGGCUCUUGAGAAGGUUCCCCUGAAAGAUGGGAAGGUCGCCCGUGAGAUCCUUAUGUGGCUUUGCUUUUCUCUUCGGCCUAUGACUGCUGGGGAAAUUGCCGCAGCCGUAGGUCUCCUACAACCUGAGAAUGCUCUACGCAUCUGCUCAACCAUGCUUGUGACGUUGAUCCAUGAGCACACGGAGGGAAUUCUUCAGCUUGCGCAUUUCACUGUCAAAGAAUAUUUAGUGGUUCUGAGGGCAUGCAACAACACCCUUGAGCACCAAUUUACAGAGGAGUCGGCUCAAGAUACCCUGGCACGCACGACUGUGAGCUGUUUGCUCGAAAGCAAAACGCUCGGCCAGUCUACGUUUGCAUCCCCAAACCGCUUACUAGAUUACUCUGCACGCUUCUGGUACGAGCACGCAAUAAUUUUGGAGGGGAGAGACGAGUACGCCUCAUUAAGAAAGGCGAUUGACCAGUUAUUCAGCCACGAAUAUUCUGCAGAAUAUGAACUUUGGCUGAAGACAUACAACCCCGACAAUCCUUACGCCAAUCCUUACGCCUUAACUAAAGAAAAGAAUACCCCCCACCCACUUUACUAUGCUUCAUUCCUUGGAUUCUCUCAUAGCGUGAGAAAGCUUCUUUUAGAAGGCGGAAAAGUGGAGGAGGAGGGCCGGCCUGGGAACGCUUUUCUCGCCGCGGUAAGCAACGGCCAUGAAAGUGUUGUCAAAGAAUUUCUCGAAAGACUUCCUCCGCCGGAUGAAGUGGAGGUUUGCAGGGUCAUAAAAGUUCUUAGAAGAAAUGCCGGAAAUAUUUUAUCGAUGUAUUUGGAAAGGUACACAUUCGAGAUCACAGAGCUGAUUUUGAUGGCCGCAGUAGAGAGCCUGCAGCCUGAGAUUCUCUCUAUGCUUCGGCGAUUCGGGGGGGGAGAGGUAGACGUGCCAGAAUACAUGGUACAAAUUGCGGCAGUAACUGCGGCAGAGAGCGAACGGAAAGGUAUGGAGACGUUGGCUAUGCUCCUGGACCGAAAAGGGGAGGAGAUCAAGAUCACAGAAAAAGUGGUAAUGGCUGCAGCCGGAGAGAAGGCGGGCGGUUCGGGGGUUAUGGCAAUGCUUCUGGAUCGAAGAGGAGAGGAGAUUCAGAUCACAGAAGAAGUGGUAAUGGCUGCAUUGCAAAACAGGUGGAGCGGUCAAGAGAUCUUAGCUGUUCUUCUGGACCGAAAGGGACAGGAGAUCGAGACCACAAAAACAUUGGUAACAGUCGCAGCCAUGGGCAGUAAGAGGGGCAAAGUGAUUCUGACGAUGCUUCUGGAGCGAAGAGGAGAGGAGAUCAAGAUCACAGAAGAAGUAUUAAUAGCUGCAGCCAAGAACGAGAGGAGUGGCAAAGAGAUCUUAACUAUGCUUUUGGACCGAAAGGGGGAGGAGAUCAAGAUCACAGGAGAAGUGGUAAUGGCUGCAGCCAACAACACGGAGAGUGGUUCAGGGAUUAUGACUGUCCUUCUUGACCGAAAAGGAGACGACGUCAAGAUCACAGAUGACAUGGUAGAGGAAUUCGUAAGAAAGUUUGACAAAUUUUUCAUGAGUGCUCUCCUAGGCUGGAAAGGAGGCGACAUCAAAAUUACAGAAAAGUUACUAAUAGCUGCAGCCAAGAACGAGCAGAAUGGUAGAGAGGUCUUGGCUGUCCUUGUGGACAAAAAGGGAGAGGAGAUCAAGAUCACAGCAGAAGUUAUAGCAGCCGUGUCAGAGAACCUGCGAAAUUGGCAGGCGAUCAUGGUUCUCCUGCUAUGCCAAAAAGGAGAGAAUAUUCAAAUCACAGAUGACGCGGUGGCAGAAAUCGCAAGAAGAUUUGAUAAAUUCAUCAUACUCCUCCUCCUAGGCCGAAAAGGAGGACUUAUUGAGAUCACUGAAGAACUCAUGAUAUCUGCUGCAGAGAACGAAUUAAAUGGUAAAGAGAUCUUGGCUCUUCUUCUGGAUAGAAAAAGAAAGGAUAUCAAAAUCACUGAAGGGAUAAUGCUGGCUGCUGUAAGAAACCAAUGCAGCGGGAACGACAUCGUAACUCUCCUUUUAGAGCGGAGUGAGGAGGAUAUUCAGAUUACAGAUGAAUUGGUAACGGCCGCGGCAGAGAAUAAGCGCCAUGCUGGACAUAUCAAGGCUCUCCUUCUUGGCCGAUUGCAGAAGCUUAACGAACGGUCGAUCCUCCCCAAAAACGACAUCGCCAUUCAUGACGAGAAAGACGCCGCAAUUUCGGGCGACAGUGGGGAUUGUUCUAUAUAG